GUUAAAAAUGCCUCCUGGGGCGCCUAACUUUGGUCGCAUACUCCUAGCGAUCAAGGAUGGCGAUGAGUCUAAGAAUGAAUACUCUCAACUCAUUAAUUUGAUAAGCUCUUCUAAAAGAUCCGAAAAGGUUGGGUUCUCCCUUCAUGAAGGGAACAAGGUUCCAAUUCUUCAGCUGCUAAACCUUCUCAUUCAUUCAUCUCCUGAUGUUAGAAAAGAGGCUGUAUCAUUGUUGAACUUUUGCUACAGCUACGAUGAUCUUCCUAAUGGUCCUCCUCAAGAUAUAAUAGAUGAGGAUGGAUUGGAGAAAGUGGAGAAGAUAAUAUUUCCAGGAUUAUCUGAACUCCUGCAAUCCAGUCGAGAUAUUUAUCUUCUAGAUUCAUGGGAUACAAUCAUCAGAUUACUGGGCACUCAUCUUCACAGGAAAACCACUUUAAUCAACGCUGGUAUGCGGGUUGUACAAGCAGCAUUUAAGCAUACUGAUGCAAGGAUGGUCGAGAAAGCUUUAAGGUCCUGGGUUGUACUCAUGGAAAACUUUGCUUUAGUUCCUGAAAUUUUAAACUCUUCAAAACGGAUAAAAUUGCUUGUGAUGGCUCUGAAGUACGAUAACCCUAAACAGCAGGAGUCUACUUAUAGGGUUCGACUAGAGUGUUGGUAUGAGCUAAUGCAUCUACUGGGAAGAAACUUGAAACAUCAUGCAGGAGACUUGGUCAAGGAGUUUGUUAUUUUCUGUUUUGGACCUAAAUCUGGACCCUCCUCUAGGAAUCCUGGGACUCCUAGAACUCCUGGUUCCCCUGCAUCCACUCCUUCAAGUAAACUGCACGGGUUCGGAACGCCCACUAAACAAAUGUCUCCGGCCAAGAAGUUCUCCUCCCUUGAGCGUGUAUGUGUGGACUCCCUUGUUCAACUGUUUGGGGCCCGCCCUCUUCCUCAAACUCUACCACGCCCACUGCUAUCAAAGCCCUUACCCGAGGUCGCUAUAACUCCUCAACAG